UGCCACAGCAAAGAGCAAACCCAACGGAGCAAAUUACAAGCAGAGCAAGGCCGAAAUUUCCCAAAUUGCUGGUUGGGCUCGGGGCUGUGCUGAGCCGAGCCCUGUGGGCCCCCACCUUUCAUCUGCCCCAAAUUACACAGCACAGCCCGGGCGGUGCUGCCCUGCCCAGUCCCCAAAAACAGCAUCGUAAUGGUCGGUGGAUGCUGGCAGAGGGGCCACCCCAAAUUGUGUUCUUUGCAGACAGGGACAGUGGUUCAGUGCUCCCCGGUGCUGCUUUAUUCGAAAUCUCAUCGCGGCCCCAUGAUCUUUGAGACAAGGAAUGGGGACACAUGGCACGUAUGCGGGGCCCUGGCUCCAUCCCAGGCUCUCCGCUCCCUUUUAGGAUUUUCAGAUAAUUUAAGGUCGGGAUAAGCAGCAGCUGUGAGCAGCCGGCGGGCUGCAGGCAGACGGACUGAUGCGUUAUUUCUGGGAGCAGGGGGGUGACGCCGGGUGAAACCUGAACUGUCGGGGAUGGAAAUGGGGACAGGGACAGGAACGGAGACGCCCACCCUCAUCCCCCACCCUGCGGUCCCAAAGCAGUGGCUUCUUAGGGGGAUUCUGGCAGGGUCCCCAGGGAGGCGGGAUGCAAAUAGCAAGGGGAUGAGGUCACUGCUUGAGUUCCUUGGGCUGCAACGGAGGGGAUGAGGGGCUGAGAGGGUGGGAUGGGUGAUGCCCUCAUUCUGGAGCUGUUUCUGCACCUCAAGGCCACACUGAGAGCCACCAAAAGUGUCAGGGAAUUAAGCCCCAAACCCUCCCCAUCCCUGUCCCUGUCUUGGUCUCCAUCCCCAUCCUUACCCCUAUGGAUCUCAGGGUGACACCACCCAGCUCUCCCUACGCUGGGGACAUUGCUCUGCCAUGGGAUGAUGGGAGCUGUGUGAGUCUGGCCUCCAGGGAAAGACCAAAGCUGAAAGGGGGUGGCAGAAAGGACAUCCUUGGUGUGCCUGGUGGCAGACAGGGUGGAUGGGGUGUAUGGGUGAAUGGGCUGGAGGUGAUGGAGGGGGUGAAUGAGGUGGAUGGGAUGGGGGGAUGAAUGGGAUGGGACUGAUGGGGUGGAUGGGAUGGAUAGGAUGGAUGGGGCAUGUGAGCAGUGCCCUGUAUAUAGUUUUGAUCCCCUUUGUCCCAGGGCAGAUGCAUGAUCAUGCUUUACAGGAUCAUGUGUCCUGAGCCCACAUCAUGGCAAGGCUUAGGUUUACAGGGAUGGGAUCCAGCCCCAGGUUGGGUUGCAGCCAAAGGGAACUGCGUGGGGGCAAAGCUCACAUCUUGGGGCUGCACAAAGCCCUGAAGGAACCACGCUGUUACCUCCAUCCCUUGCUACAACCCCCUCCUCACACCCCCUUUCCCCACUUGCAUCCCAAAAAGGAGUGCGGGGAAGGUGACCCCCUUCAUUGAGCAGCCCCCAGCCCGGGGCCGCCCCACUGGGAGGGAGCCAUAGUGGGCUGGGGGCCGCCUGUCCCUCUCCAGCCUCCCCCUGCUCCCUCCCCAACACGGCCCUAAUGAGAACAAGCUGGUCUGCUGCGCACACAGCCAGUGAGCUCAGGGCUACAGCGGGUGAAGGAGGAGGAGGAAGAGAAGGAGGAGGAGGAGGAGGGAACAGGACCAGGGCUCGGUGCAGACAGGCAGAGGAGCGCGGGACAGACACGCAGUGCCGGGCGAUGGCGGUGCAGCUGCCCGCGUGCCUUCUGUUGGUGUUUCUGGUGGCCCUAGUGCACUCGGCAGCCCCACGGCACGUGGCUGUGUUCCACGAGCCCAGUGUUGGCAGUGGGGAUGGAGAGGAAGCCUCUGCUGUGCCCCCCGCCCAACCCGUGACGCCGGGAAGCGGCCCCACAGUGGGGGACGCAGUGGGGACAGCCAUCACCAACAGCUCGGCGCCGGGCAACGUCUUGGAUGGGUUGGUGGAUUUCUUCAAGGAGUACAUGCUGCUGGUGGUGGUGGUGGGUUCGUUGGCCUUCGUCUUGCUCUUCAUCAUCUGCGCCGCCGUCAUCGUGCGGCAGAAGCACAAGGCCUCAGCCUACUAUCCGUCCUCCUUCCCCAAAAAGAAGUACGUGGACCAACGGGAUAAGACCGGAGGGCCUCGGGACUUCAGCGAGGUGCCUGAGAAAGCUCCAGACCCCGACGCUGAGGAGCCCCUGGACUGUGGCCGACAGCUGCAGGCUGACAUCUUGGCUGCAGCCCAGAACCUCAAAUCUCCCAAUAAAGUGCCGUUGACCAAUGGGGCCGGUGCCCAGGGAGAGCACGAGGGUGGGGUGGAAGAAGGCAGCGAGCAUCCCAUUGAGCCCCAUCCCCUGAAUCAAGAUGCUGAAGGAGUGGGGUCAGAGGCAACGAGCGCAGAGGGCAAGGAGGCCCAAGAUGGCUCUCCCAGCACCUAGUGCCAACCAUGGACUAGGAGCCGGGCUCCUGGCGGCCCUGCUCACCUCCCACCUGAACGUGGAGGCUCGAGGAAGCCCCGAUGAAGCCCCACUCCCCUUCCUUUACCUCCCCCUGACCCCACGCAGCCACGAGAGGCCAUUUUUGAGCUGCACUUCGGGCUGUUGUGGAGCUCAGUGCAGCUAAACCCAUCGCUUGUGCUCUCUCCAUGGGUGCUUUCCUUGGAUCUCCCCAAAAAAUAAAGAGAAAAACCCAGGCUGGGUCUCCCCACCGUCCUUGCACAGCUUUCUCGCAGAUGUUAUUUUUGCUCAUUAUCGCAUCCUGGCCCCCACCCAGGCAACGGGACGUGGAGGAGCCAUGACCCAUGACUUCAUGACCUACUGGUAGUUCAGACCUUCUAUGGUGGCCUGGAAACAUUGCAGACCCCUUGGAUCAGGGAGGGGGAUUUGCUGCUCCCAUCCCACUCUUCCAACACUCCCCCUUCCCUCCUCCUCCCCCCCAUUCCCCCGCAGUGCUUUGUGGAGACUGGAGGCAUUUUGGACUUGUUUUGGUGAGAAAAAGAAGGGAAAACCUUAGCCAACCUUAGCAGGAGGGAAGAGGAUGCAGUGACAAUGCCCCCAUCCUUUUGUUUGUAUGCCCUGAAUGUCACAGACCCGUCGGAAAGCACAGUGAACGGAGCUCAGAGAGGAGCUGGAGUUUUGCCUUAUUUUCUUAACCCCCUUUGCUACGAAUAAAGACAUUUACUAUGCACAUUU